GCCCCGUGCGCUCCCCGGCGGCCGGGCCCGCAGGUGUCUCGCCAGCGCCAGAGGCGGCUGCCGCGUCGCUCCCGGCUCCGGUGGGCUCGGCGCUCCGCGGCUGCCCCCUCCCCCCCCGCCCCCUCUGGGCUGCCAUUGGCUCCCGGCCCCGCGUCUCCCGCAGCCCCUCUCGCUGGCACCCGCCCCCGGAGCCCGGCUGUGCGGGAGAGGAGCGGCGCUCGCUCUCCGAUCGCUCCGCAGCAGCGCGGGGCUGGCUCGGCGGCUGCAGCCCGGCUCCCCUCCCUGCCAUCGCUCCCGGCGCCCUGGGAGGCGAGCAGCAAACCCGCCCCGCGCCGCCUCCUGCCUCCGAUGAGCCCCGCAGCCGGCCGCCCCUGCAGCCAGCCAGCCCCGGCAGGUAUAUGGAGAGGAGCUCCUUGCUGCAGCUCAUCCAGGAGCAGCUUGAUCCAGACAACACUGGUUUCAUUGGCGUAGAGACCUUCGCCAGCCUGGUGCACAGCCAUGAGCUGCCCCUGGAUCCCGCCAAGCUGGAGAUGCUGGUGGCUCUGGCCCAGAGCAAUGAUGAAGGGCAGAUCUGCUAUCAGGAGCUGGUCGACCUGAUUAGCAGUAAACGUUCCAGUAGCUUCAAACGAGCUAUUGCCAAUGGGCAGAGGGCACUGCCCCGGGACGUGCUGCUGGACGAGACCGGCCUGGGCUUCUACAAACGCUUUGUCCGCUACGUGGCCUAUGAGAUCCUGCCCUGCGAGAUGGAUCGGCGCUGGUACUUCUACCAGCACCGCACCUGCCCUCCGCCCAUCUUCAUGGCAGCCAUCACGCUGACCCAGAUCAUCGUGUUCCUCUGCUACGGGGCCCGGCUGAACCGGUGGGUCCUGCAGACCUACCACCCAGAGUAUAUGAAGAGCCCGCUGGUGUACCACCCGGGGCACCGAGCCCGGGCCUGGAGAUUCUUCACCUACAUGUUCAUGCACGUCGGGCUGGAACAGCUGGGAUUCAAUGCCCUCCUUCAGCUGAUGAUUGGGGUCCCCCUGGAGAUGGUCCAUGGCAUCUUACGCAUCAGCUUCCUCUACCUGGCGGGAGUGCUGGCAGGCUCCCUGACUGUCUCCAUCACAGACAUGAGGGCUCCUCUGGUCGGAGGCUCGGGGGGUGUCUACGCCCUCUGCUCUGCUCACUUGGCCAACGUUGUCAUGAACUGGGCGGGGAUGCGUUGCCCGUACAAGCUGCUCCGGAUGGUCCUGGCUCUGGUGUGCAUGAGCUCCGAGGUGGGCCGUGCCGUAUGGCUCCGUUUCUCUCCACCCCUGGUAGCCUCUGGACCCCAGCCCAGCUUCAUGGCCCAUCUGGCAGGCGCCAUCGUGGGCAUCAGCAUGGGGCUGACCAUCCUGCGCAGCUAUGAGGAGAACCUGCAGGACCAGUGUGUCUGGUGGGUGGUGCUGCUCUCCUACGCCACCUUUCUCGUCUUUGCCAUCUUCUGGAACAUAUUCGCCUAUGACCUGCUGGGGACACACAUCCCUCCUCCGCCAUAGCAUCCCCCCGGGCCCUCCAAACCCACCCUGAAAGUGCCAAAACCCAGACGAUGCGGGUGCCAACCUCCCAGCCGGAGCCCUGCCUGUUACCAGCCAUGCACUUUUUCUAUCGGUGUGUUUUUUCAGCCGGAUGCUGGACUGGAUCUUCCUCGGCCCCUGCCUGAGGCUGGGAGGCAACAGACGCUUGACACGGAAACAAGGAACGCUGCCCGCCUGCAAAUCCCGAGGCAACCCCCUUUCCUCCCCUGCGCAGCAGAGCUCGGGCAGAAAGCUAUUCUGCCCUCGUGUGUGUGAGCAAAUGAGUGUGCCCCCCGGGCGAGCGUGGGCGGGAGUGAACCAGCUGACCUGCCCCCCGUGCCAGGCUGGGUAUGCCAAUGCUCCCUAAUGAAUGUACAGUUUUUCUGCCCCUACCUCUCCCUCGCACCUCCCUAGCUCUCUUGGGGGCGGGGGGCAGCCCAGCUACUCUGCCCCAGUAAAAUACUGCUCCCCUGUGAAGAUGGUUCUCUUGCUCGCUCUCAUGCCCUCUGUUUCCCCUUUCUGGCUUCUCCCCAUCCCUGCACCCCAUUCUCCGUGCAGUCCCUUAUGGCAGAGCCCUGCGGAGGCAGCACGGUAAGGGUGGAAAAGCUCCCUGCAUGAAAUCUCUGCUCCUUGCUUCCAGGCCCAGUAGAGAGUAGCAAGGGGACUUCACUUGCCCAUGGCCAGCAGAGACCGGGCAGACAGCAGCAGCCACAGAUGCCCCCUGAAUCUGCAGAAGAUAGGGCCAAUACAGCUGGGUGCAGGGACUGAUGGAAUCUCAGUGUAGCCACAGGCCAGGAAGCAGGUCAGGAGGGAGCCCAUCUUUCCUUUAACCCUAGGAAACAGCCAUGUCAAGCUCUGGUCUCUGUACCAAGGGCAGUUACAGUGCUUCCUGGCUUAUUUAACCUUUUAAGAGCUCACAUGGCACACAGUUCAGAGUUAGUCUGAGCACCCACCCACUGUGCAGGGGCCAGAGCCUCCCUGCCCCCACUCCCAAACACAAAUUGCUCCUUUACAUGACGGACUCUGGUGCCAACAAGAGUUUUUCUGCGCCAAAUCAGAGCUUGAGACCAGCCAGACUUGUUUCAGCUGUGGCUCUCCAGGUCCCAAAACUUGCACACCCCAGGGCUUUCAAUAGCUGGUGUGAAACACCUCCUGGAGUUGCUCCACGGCGGCAGGCAUUGCUGGGAGCUUUCCCGAGCAAUGGCUUGGUGCCUCAUGCUGAGAGGGGCAGGGAUGGCCAAGGGAAAGUGGCAGGACCCGCAUUUGAAGUCUGACCCUUUUUGGAGUAUAAAUAAAUAUUUUGCACACCA